UUAUAUUGAUCCACACCAAUUUGUUAAUUAUUAUUCAUGCUUAGCAUAGCAUAGUGGCAUGCCAAAAUGGCCUCGUCAACACUCCUUCUGGCUCUUGUAAUUCUCCACAAUUUUCAGCACUCAACACAAUAUUCGUUCUCCCUCUCCGUGGAGAACCUCAAAGAAGACGUUAUAGUAUCAUCUCCCAAAGCUACAUUCACCGCAGGGUUUUACCCUGUUGGAGAAAACGCAUACUGCUUCGCAAUAUGGUACACCCAACAACCUCACACCCUUGUUUGGAUGGCCAACCGGGACCAACCGGUAAACGGAAAGCUCUCCACCCUUUCCCUUCUCAAAACCGGCAACCUUGCAUUAACCGACGCUGGCCAGUCAAUAGUGUGGUCCACCAACACCAUCACCUCAUCGAAACAAGUCCAGUUACAUUUGUAUGACACCGGCAACCUCGUCCUCCUCGACAACCAACAAAACCGUUCCUCCAACAUUGUUGUUCUGUGGCAAAGCUUCGAUUUCCCAACGAACACGCUUCUUCCUGCUCAAAUUCUCACCAAGAACACCAACCUUGUUUCCUCGAGAAGCGAGACCAACUAUUCCUCCGGUUUCUACAAGCUCUUCUUUGACUUCGAGAACGUUCUUCGUCUCAUGUACCAAGGUCCUCGAGUUUCAAGCGUUUACUGGCCAGAUCCUUGGCUUCAGAACAAUAAUUUCGGUAAUGGUGGCACGGGUAAUGGUAGAUCCACUUACAACGAUAGCAGGGUUGCUGUACUUGAUGAUUUCGGCUACUUUGUUUCUUCCGAUAACUUCACUUUCAGAACAAGUGAUUACGGGACGCUGCUCCAACGGAGAUUGACCCUCGAUCACGACGGUAGUGUGAGGGUGUUUAGCUUCAACGAUGGACACGACAAGUGGACAAUGUCAGGGGAAUUUCACUUACAUCCCUGUUACGUUCAUGGGAUUUGUGGACCUAAUAGUUAUUGCAGUUACGAGCCAUCAAGUGGUAGAAAGUGUUCGUGUCUUCCAGGUCAUACUUGGGUUGAUAGUCAAGAUUGGUCUCAAGGUUGCACACCAAAUUUCCAACAUUUAUGCAACAGCAACACCAAGUACGAAUCUCGCUUCCUGCGAAUACCUGACAUUGAUUUCUAUGGAUACGACUAUGGCUACUUUGGAAAUUACACUUAUCAGCAAUGUGAGAAUCUGUGUUCGCAAUUGUGCGAAUGCAAGGGGUUUCAGCACAGCUUUUCGGAGGCAAAUGCUUUCUUUCAAUGCUACCCAAAGACACAUUUGCUAAAUGGGAAUAGUCAACCAGGUUUCAUGGGAUCAUUCUUCCUGCGACUGCCUUUGUCGUCCCAUGAUGAGUAUGAGAACCCCGUCCAAAAUAAUAGAAGUGGCUUGGUUUGUGGGGGAGAUGUUGGAAACGUAAAGAUGCUGGAGAGAUCGUACGUUCAAGGGGAAGAAAAUGGAUCCUUGAAGUUCAUGUUAUGGUUUGCAGGUGCCUUGGGAGGAAUUGAGGUUAUGUGCAUCUUUCUGGUGUGGUGUUUACUGUUUAGGAAUAAUAGGACUUUACCCUCAAGUGCUGACAGACAAGGGUAUGUUCUUGCAGCAGCAGCAGGGUUUCAGAAAUUCAGUUACUCUGAACUGAAACAAGCCACCAAAGGCUUCAGUGAAGAGAUUGGAAGGGGUGCUGGAGGUAUUGUGUACAAGGGUGUGUUAUCUGAUGAUCAAGUUGUGGCCAUAAAGCGAUUGCAUGAAGUAGCAAACCAAGGAGAGAGUGAGUUCUUGGCUGAAGUAAGCAUCAUUGGAAGGCUUAACCACAUGAACUUAAUUGGCAUGUUGGGGUAUUGUGCAGAGGGAAAGCAUAGAUUGUUGGUUUAUGAGUACAUGGAGAAUGGUUCUUUAGCUCAGAACCUUUCAUCAAAUUCAAAUGUACUUGAAUGGAGUAAAAGGUAUAACAUUGCUCUGGGAACAGCAAGGGGUCUGGCCUACUUACAUGAAGAAUGCUUGGAGUGGAUUUUGCAUUGUGAUAUUAAGCCACAAAAUAUACUUCUUGACUCUGAAUACCAACCCAAGGUAGCAGAUUUUGGCUUGUCUAAGCUUCUUAACCGGAACAACGUCAACAAUUCAAGCUUCUCAAGGAUAAGAGGAACAAGAGGCUACAUGGCACCGGAAUGGGUUUACAACUUGUCAAUCACUUCCAAGGUGGAUGUUUAUAGCUAUGGAAUUGUUGUCUUGGAGAUGAUAACUGGAAGGAGCCCAACAACAGGUGUUCGAAUCACCGAAUUAGAAGCAGAGUCAGAUCAUCGCGAGAGGUUAGUGACAUGGGUGAGGGAGAAAAAGAUGAAAGGAUCAGAAGCGGGAUCUUCUUGGGUGGAUCAAAUCAUUGACCCUGCUUUGGGAUCCAACUAUGCCAAGAAUGAAAUGGAAAUAUUGGCAAGGGUGGCUUUGGAAUGUGUAGAGGAAGAGAAAAACGUCAGACCCAACAUGAGUCAAGUUGUCGAGAAGCUGCAAAAUCAUAGUAUGCACACAAUUGUUGAUGGUUUGAACAAAGAAUAGCAAGGUUUUAUGAAACUUACAAACCUAUAUUCAUUGAGUUAUUUCGGAACUUGCAAAGCCUUAUGUGACCCCUUUCUUGUUGGAUUAGGUAGGGUGAUUUUUUUCAUAUGAACAUUUAUUUGUAAGUCUGGAUCACUCACUUCUUAUGUAUUGUUUGUGUUUGGAUUCUGUUAUAAUUUUAAACUGUGUUAAUGGGAGCAGAUGAUUAGAUGGAUGACUAUGGAAAUCCUCAUACUAGAUGACGUUGAAAUACAAUGCUCUAAUAGAAUAUGACAUUGAGACAUGAGUUUAUGUAUUAAUUGCAUGAAGUUUUGGACAUAAAGUUUUUAUCAUUUUUGUUAGUUCAUUUUUUGGGGUUUUGGACGGCCUUAUUUUCAGCUGGAGAUGUUUUCAUACCCUUAAUUAAUAAGUUUUUAAUUUGGUGAUUAGUGUGAAUGUGAACCU